UAUCAAGGAGUAUAACUGUCUCUACCCUCGUCCUUCUCUGGACAGGAAUGACAUCUACAGCCAAUAAUCAAGUGCUGUAAUGUUGGUUUUCUCCAGAGAAGAACAGCGAAUGUCCUACUUCCCUGUGCAGUAUAACACUGAGCAAAGGACAAGUGAAAGGCGGGGCCCCAAAGAGGAUUCACAACCUUGUGUUCAUGUGAUCCACAUUGUACGGUUCCGAAACUUUGUGGUAAAGCAGGAAACAUAUCAACAUAUACAGAUCCUAGUGCAGUUCAAAGAGAAAUAACUGGUGCGUGCAUGUCUCCUUUUGACUAACGGUGGUGUAGACCUAAUUGUAGACAGUGUUCUGGGUCAAUGGCAAGUUCAAAUUAAUGAAUUGGCACAAAUCAAGAAUGAACAGUGAGCACACCCCAUUUGUUGUCAACAUCUCUGCUCUCUUCUCAGAGUGGACAUUGCCUUUGGACAAGAGGGCUGGCCCAUGGUCAGGUGCUGUUAGCGCCCUUCUGAGGAGGAGCUGCAGACCUGUGUGAGUCAUAACUAGCGUUCCUGCUUCGGAUGGGUAGCAGGCUUAAGACCAUUUCCUGAUUCACAGGAAGUGUACAGCAUCGGCACAAAUGUGACGUUCUGUACCUCCCAUAGAUAACGGGGGGCGGGGGGGCGUGAAGCCUUGCAUUGAUUAUGCCUAUGACACAGAGGUGUCCAUGUUGGAAUGAUGACACGUACAGUCGAAAACAACAAGGCAUUUCAGACUUAGUGAAUCAAAGGCUUAUCAUUUAUCAAUUAAUGAAUUAAUAACUUAGAAAGUGGCAAUGGUUGGACAGAUUGAAGACCCAUAGUGAAUCGAUGAUGACUGCUGGAGGUGUCUGAGUGAGGACUGUGACUUGCCUCUGGAUCUGAGUUCCUUCCCUGCGUGCAAUAAUGUACGAUAAUUGCAUGGAAGUCUCAGUGUGAGAGAUGCCAAGAGGGGCGUAUCUCCAUUAGUUGCCACCUUCUCUGCCCUCUGCUCCUCAGAUGGGACCUGGCCUGUGGACAGCAGGAUGGCUCCGUGGUCUGGUGCCCUUAGGACCGUCCUGUGGGGAGCUGCCGAUCAGUAAUGGACAUGGCCUAUGGACAGGCGAAUGGCUCCGUGGUCAGGAGCCAUGAGCACCCUGUUGAGAGGAGCUACAGCCCAGUAAUGGAUGUGACCUGUGGACAGAAGGGUCUUCCAUGUCCAUGGUUGGAAGAAGCUGCUGACCACUACUGGAUGAUUUUGAGCCCAUUAAUGCUGCCAUCAUGUUGUCAUGGAGUUUGGAUUACUGGAACCCUCUUGAGCUGGUUUGGAACUCCUCUGUGGCCAGGUGCUCCAUGGGUGACUCUCCAGCAGACUUGGAGCAUGGAUGCUUCCGAGGGGAUGGAGCCAUACCUCCCUGGUCGCCGAACCAUGGGCUGCAUCUCUGCGUCAGGACUUGGGACCGAUUGGCUGUCCCUGACUGGUAUGAGGACCCUGCUGUGUGGAGACAUUCUGUGCUGUCACUGUGUUAAGGAGGUGACCACUUGGAACCCUCUUGAGCUGGUUUGGAACUCCUCUGUGGCCAGGUGCUCCAUGGGUGACUCUCCAGCAGACUUGGAGUAGAUAACACGGACAAUGGAGAGAAGGUUUUCAUCAUGUCCCCUGCUUUGUACUCUUUGGAAGUGAUGCAGUCACCUGAUUGAAUCUUCUCUUGUGACCAAAAAUGUCAUGCUUCCUCUGAGUUAAGAAAGACUUCAGGAUGGACGUGCUCCAGUUGACUUUAGCAUGCUCUCUGGGGCAGGAGCUCUGCAGCUUUCUUGGUCUGUGGGGCACAUGUUGACCAAGGUGAGUCAACAGUCUGUUCCCUCCAUGUGACCCAUCCUAACAAGUGUUGCCAGGAACAUCCCAGGAUCUUGUAUCAGGCUGUUGUGUUGAUGAAUUCAUCAUGAUGGUAUUAUAAGCAAUCGAUGGUAUCAGGGGCCACAUAAGUGAACACAUGAUGCAUAAAGGUGGUAACCAUGUUCAUUGUUAAACUAUAUAAUAAGUAAAAUAAUAUUGAUCAUAAAGUGGAAUGAAUGAUAAUGGAACAAAUGUACUUCCUCCUCCUGUGUAUAUUGUCUCUGACUAAAUAUAGUAAUGGAAAGGGAACACAUAAUACUGUUUGACCUAGUGUUUGAUUUGUUAAGAGAAAAAUAAAUUAUCAUCACAAAUAACCUGGGAGCCUAGGUAAUCAGAGGGAGGCCUGGGGAUCAGUUGACAGAGCGUCUCAGUGUUUUCAGUCAUCUGCUCUGCUCUGUGCUCCUUGGAGUGGAUGUACCUGUGCUGAUUCGAGGGUGAUCCCGACGGUGGUGAGCUCUUGCCUCAGCAGGCUCCGAACAGAGGCAUCAGCGUGGGUCGUAUUUGGUGGUUGUCUUGGUUUAUGUCAAUGAUUAAUAUUUCACAUGUUAAUGUGAAAUCUUACUUUAGUGGAUCAAGGAAGCCUAGGUUUCAUUAAAGAAAGAUUUUAGGUUUUUGUAAAUAUCAUGUGGUUGACUUCUAGGGACUUCAAAGAGCUUGCUCUUUUUGUGAUUUGCAUGUGUCUCCUUCUUGGUUUCUCUCCCCCUCUCCAACCUCUGCCCUCUGGGAUCUCACAAGGUUAUGUUGCCCUAGAUGAUCUCAAACUCCUGGUCUCAAGGAGUCUUCUCCGUCAGCCUCCUGAGACGCUGGGACCGGGGGUGCCUCCCCUUGACCCAGCUUCAAGUGGUUUGGUAAUUCCAUAAAGAAGAGCCGAUGCGCGUGCUGGGAAAGAGGGCCAGUCCUGAGAUGCAGAAGACAGGGGAGGCUGUGCUGUGGAUGUUCCAUGUGAAGCACUGGGCACCACGCAGACAGGAUCUGGUCCUUUCCCAUGUUCAGUGUGAUGCCAUAGAUGGGGGCAGGAAUACCCAAGGGCUGGUUCGUGGUCUUGUCCAUGAGCUUUGAAAAUAUCCUCCUAAAAAUAUCCAUGGUAGUAUGAAAACAAACGUAUAAGUGAGUAAAAAUGAAGAGGCGAAACACUGUUCAUGGCGAAAGCAGUAGCAAGCCGGAAUGCCAGUGCGCGCUAGAGUGGAUGACAGAUGGAGCAGGUGUAUAGCUUUGUUGACUAACAAUGGUGUAUGCGCUAAGGAACAGUGAUUGCCCCGAGUUCUGUCCAUGUUUGAAGCUUUCUAAAAAAUAAAAGACACAUCAUAAACAUCUAUUCAGCAUAGACAUUAUUCAACACUGUUGACAGCUAGUUCAAUCAAAAGUUCAGAAAUACACAUUUUUUGGAAGAGGAAACGUAGAAUAAUGAAUAUCUAAAUAAGGAACAAAUAGUAGGAAAAAGCAGAGUGCAGUAGUGAACACACUUACAAACAGUUGUCAUCUCCUGUGCUCGCUCCACCUCAGAGUGGACAUGGCGUGUGGACAGGAAGACGAUGCUUGCUGAGGAGGAGUGAUAUACCAAUGUGAGGUGUGGUAGGAAUUCUUGCUUAAUAUGGGGUAGUAUGCAUAAAAUUAUUGACAGAACUAUUAAAAGAUGUACAGCAAAAUGAAAAAUGUGAAGUUGGGUAAUUAAAGAAAUAACAGAAAGUUGAAGACUGAUUAUGCAUCUGUGAGACUUUUGACUAGCACUGAGGUGUAAACUUACAAAGGUUCCAAUGCAGAUUAAUGAAAACAAGACACAUCAGACUUGAUGAAUAAUGACAUUUAUAAUUAGCAAAUUAAUGAAAUAAUGAAUUAAAAUUACAGUAGCAAUGGAUGGAAUUAAAAAGAACAUAUCCUGUUGGAUUAUGAUGCAGAGGUAUAUGAGUGGGCAAAGAGAAGGCAUUUGGAUCUGAGAUUCUGCACUAAAAGAAAAGCGAGAGGAAUACAUAACACUCUGAAUACGACAGAAAUCAAGCAGGGAGAAACUUCAUUUUUUGCCCCAUUUUCUGCCCUCUGCUCCUCAGAUUGGACCUGGCCUGUGGAGAGGAGGAUAGCUCCAUAGUCUUGUGCCCUUAGGACCCCCUGAGAAGAGCUGCCCAUGAGUGUGAGUCCUGGUGAAUGAUCCUGUGUGGGACGGUUUGGCUAGCAUGGGGACUGUACCAAUCAAGGAUAAAUUAAUGAAUCUGAGAGUAGCCAUUGUGGGAAAGGUGGAGGAAAGCUGUUGGAUCGAUGAUGACUUGUGGAUCUGUAUGAGUGAGGACUGUGAAUAACUGUGGCACCUGAGAUCCUUCAGUAUCUCCCACCAAGCGCGAUUCACUGAGAGUCUCAGUGUGCCAGAGGCAAAGUUGGGCACAUGUCCAUUUGCGGUGUUUUCCUGUGCACACUGUU